AUCUAACCAAUUUGUCGAACCGGCUUUCAGAAAAUUCUCAACGUUCGUCCGCGCACCACCGGUCGGCGCGUGCGGGGGUUAUAAGCGCAAUCGAACGUGCGCCCACUCGCUCGCACGUCGCGACGUCGCUCGCGCGCGCGUUCGCGAGGAUCGCGAGCCCGCACUCGGGUCGCAUCGAACCGAAAUGAAAGCAGUCGGCCGCGUGUAAUACGGAAUUUCGUGCUAUCGAGCCGACGGCGGUUCGAGCUGGUUCGAGACGAGAGGCAGCCGUUGGCGCGGAUCUCCAAGCUGCCCCGGACGCCACGAGUGUGGGCGAUGUGACGACGCGUACGUCGCGCGACGGCCAACGUCCAUUUUAUCCCCGUCAUUUAAACCACUCGCCCGUUCCAGGCCGUUCGGUCUCCGAUCGCGCGCGGACACUCCGAGAUGUCAGAUGUUGUCGUCAGUUUGUGAGGAGCCGGACACGCAAGCGGGACGAUCGAUAACGCUCUGUAAUUUGAAAAACACUUGACGGACACGUACGUAAACUACGGGCGGUCGAGUAAUCCCGUUUUCGAGGACUACCACUCGUCUCGCAGAUGCUGGCCGGUAAGCCAGCCCUUGUUUUGCACAAUGACCGCUAGCGACGUACAAGGCUCCUUGAAGGAAGCUCUGUAUGAGACGUUAACUGGCAUCUUGUCGCCGCAUUACGAGACGCGCAAGGCGGCGGAGCAGAGAAUUCAAGCUCUCGAGGUGACGGAGGAGUUCGGUAUACACCUGACGGAAUUCGUAGUCGAUCCCAACGGCCACUUGUCCAUCAGGCAGCUGGCCUCCGUUCUGCUCAAGCAGUACGUCGAGACGCACUGGUGCUCCUUGGCCGAGAAGUUCCGCCCGCCGGAGCUCAACAAUGCCGUUAAAGAGAGGAUCAAGGAAUUGCUUCCCCUGGGACUGCGGGAGUCCAUCAGCAAGGUACGAACUGCGGUGGCGUACGCGAUAUCCGGUAUAGCGCACUGGGAUUGGCCCGAGAACUGGCCCGGGCUGUUCGACGUUCUCGUGAGCUGCUUGAGGGAGGAGAGCGAGUGCGCUGUUCACGGAGCGAUGAGAGUGCUGACAGAAUUCAGCCGGGAUCUGACGGACGCCCAGCUGCCCAAUGUGGGACCUGUUAUUCUUCAAGAGAUGUAUAGGAUAUUCCAAAGUGAAAAUCAGUAUUCGAUUAGAACGCGCGGUUGUGCGGUCGAGAUCUUCGUUACGAUUACAACCCUGGUUGCUCAUACGGGAGUGUACGAGAAGGGAUUUAUAGAGCAGUAUCUGCAGCCAAUCGUUCCUAUGUUCUGUGAAAAGUUCGUCGAGUGCCUCAGAGUGCCUAACGACCAAACUAGUGACUGUGGAUUCAAAACUGAUAUUAUUAAAGCUAUAAACUGUCUUGUUAUCAAAUUGCCCAAAUAUAUAUCGGAUCUUUUACCUCAAAUGCUGCCACCCAUAUGGGAAACUUUGUGUCAAAGUGCAAAGACUUAUCAGGAGACGACGGUCAACGUCGAUGAGGAUAUCAACGAUAGAAAAAUUGAUUCUGACGGCGAAAUAAUCAAUUCCAACAGUCUGAUUGUCGCCAUCUUCGAGUUUGUCCAAACUAUCGUGGAUCGGAAGAGGUUUACGAAUCUGCUGGAUAACAUGCUACCGGAGAUCAUAUAUUACUUAAUAAUAUUUAUGCAAAUAACGGUCGAGCAAAUUCAGCAAUGGACAACCAAUCCGAAUCAGUUUGUCGAGGAGGACGAGUGCACUUUCGAUUACAACGUUCGAAUUUCAGCGCAAGAAUUUUUAACGAUUCUUAUCAACCAUUUUGAGGACAAAGCUGUGCAUGCUCUUUGCGACGUGGUUACGCGACAUAUUGAAGCUACAAAGGCGCUACAAGCUAACGGCGAUGGUAGCAACAGCAACGAGAGCUGGUGGAAAUUACGGGAAUCCUCUCUUUUAGCAUUGAGCCUUUCUAAGAACAUUGUUAUUGAAAAACAGCAGGCUGGGCUGUUGCAGUUCGAUAUCAUUAGGUUUCUAGAUACAGUCGUUUUGGGAAUGUUGAAUGAUUCGGGGUCGCCGCCGUUACUUCUCGGCCGUUGCUUGUGUCUCGGUGGACGAUACGCCAAGAUAAUGCCUCCAGAAGUGAGUUCCCGAUUUCUGGAAGCGACGGUAAACGGUUUACAGGAGAAUCAACCGCCUUGUAUACGCAUCAGUGCCGUCAAGGCGAUCUAUUGGUUCAGCGAGGCGUCGACUGGCAAGGAUUCUAUCGUCAACAUAAUACGUUGUCACAUGCCCAACAUUUUUCAAGGAUUGUUCAGUCUGGUUAGCCAACCUAGCACGGACGUUCUAAUUUUGGUCAUGGAGACAUUUCAAACGCUAAUCUGGCAACAUAAAGAGUUUACAGCGUCAGUGGAGAACAAGAUUUGUCCCUUGACAAUUGCAGUAUUUGUCAAGUUUCAUAACGACCCGGCGAUCUUAGAUAUAUGCCAGGAUAUAUUUAAGGACUUGACGCAGAAUCCGAGCUGCAUCGAGCCGCUGCAAACUCGUAUAAUACCGACUCUAACGAGUAUGCUGGCGAUAACUCCUAUGAACAAAUCGAAGGAUGAGGGAUCUCGAGCUGUAUCGUUAGACGUGCUCAAAGUUCUGGUACAGUAUUCACCGACGCCUUUGAGUAACGCUUUGGUGGAGACUGCCUUUCCGACUGCCUGCCACUGCAUUCUCAACUCGGAAGAUCACGCGACGUUGCAGAGCGGCGGGGAACUCGUACGCACGUAUGUAUCGGUGGCAGCGCAGCAGGUCAUCGCGCAUCGAGAUAACGAAGGGCAAACCGGGUUACAAUACAUACUGCAGAUAAUCGCUCAGCUCCUAAAUCCGCAGUCUAGCGAAUUCACUGCCACUUUUGUUGGACGAUUGGUCACGACGCUCAUCAAGAACGUAGGGGAUAGUCUAGGCGAGAACCUCGAUCUGCUGUUGAAAGCAGUGCUGAGCAAGAUGCAGAGCGCGGAAACAUUGAUCGUGAUGCAAAGCCUGCUAAUGAUUUACGCGCAUCUUAUAAAUACGCAAUUUGACGCCGUGCUGAACUUCCUGUCGACCGUGCCCGGGCCGACGGGCCAGAGCGCGCUCGCGUUUGUACUGUCCGAGUGGGUCAGCAGGCAGCACCUGUUUCUCGGUAGAUACGAUCGCAAGGUCGGGACGAUCGCAUUGUGCAAGAUCCUGGAAUACGGGGUCACUCACGGGGACAGCAGGUUGGACGAGAUCACAGUUAAGGGGGAUAUGAUCAUCUCAGGAAUCGAAGAUGGUGUGAGGACCAGGAGCAAAGCCGAAUCGCAGCCUUACGAAUGGACUACGGUGCCUGUACUUGUAAAGGUUUUUAAAGUAAUAAUCAACGAAUUGUCCAACGACAUCGAAGUCGUUAGCGCCAGCCAAGAUACGGAAGUUUCCGACGACGAGGACGAGGAACAGGAUGAUGAAGAAUUGAUAGAUCCCGGAAGUGACAGUGGAAAUGUUUUACAAUUUGGAGAUGAAGAUAAUGAUGACGAGGACGAUCCAGAAUUACUGCGAGACUCCAUCUACCAUUUGAACCUCGGCCAGUAUCUACGUGAUUUUCUGCUGAACUUCUCCACUCAUCAUUGCUUCCGCAUGUAUAUCCAACACCUGAAUGUGCCAGAACUAAAAGUCUUGAAUAACAUAAAUAUCAAUGCGCUCAUGUAAUAGGACAGAUGAUCGAAACAAUUUUUGAAUUUCAUAAUAAACGAACAGUCAUUUUUUUA